CAAGAAGACCCUCCUGUGGGUGUCAGUGGUGCACCAUCUGAGAAUAACAUCAUGCAAUGGAAUGCUGUUAUAUUUGGGCCAGAAGGAACACCUUUUGAAGAUGGUACUUUUAAACUAGUAAUAGAAUUUUCAGAAGAAUAUCCAAAUAAGCCUCCAACCGUUCGGUUUUUAUCAAAAAUGUUCCAUCCAAAUGUUUAUGCAGAUGGCAGCAUAUGUUUAGAUAUUCUACAGAAUCGCUGGAGUCCAACAUACGAUGUUUCCUCUAUUUUAACUUCAAUUCAGUCUCUGCUGGAUGAACCAAACCCCAACAGCCCAGCCAACAGCCAGGCAGCACAGCUCUACCAGGAGAACAAGCGGGAAUACGAGAAGAGAGUUUCAGCCAUUGUCGAGCAGAGUUGGAACGACUCGUAACACCUGCUCCAUGACUCCCCAUCCUCCUCCUCAUCAUCAUGUACCAUUUAACCCUCAAUAAGAAAGGCUACCCGAAAUUUUCAAGUGCCACAGUUCUAAGAAUUUGCAUAAAAACUCAUUUGCAACCAAAAUUAAGCCCUCCAGUUUAGGAAACUUAAAAGCUUGUGUAUCUUGAUUAACGUACUUUUUAUUGCAUGGUAUGAACUAAGUUAUUGCUGCAUAAAUUUGUAAUAUAUCCUGUUUGUAAUUUUUUUUUUCCAAGUGUAUAAUGUUGGUGUGGAGUUUUCAUGACAGAAUAUACACAUUUUGUAAAUCUGUACUUUUUCAAAUAUUGGAUGCCUUAUUUUUGAAUUCUUUAGAUUUUUAAAUUGGAGAAAAGCACUUAAAGUUUUUAUAUAUAAAUAUUUCAUGUAAAACUGUUAAAUACAUAACCUUAGUGUAAGACA